GUCAUGUGACUGUGUUGUUGUAUGCGAUGGCGGCGCGCGAGCUGCUUCUCUUGUGUGUGCUCGUGCUGCAGUGCGUGGGGGUGUGUGGUCGCCCCCCCCGCGUCAGGGACCCCCCGGGGUGCGGAUACCAGUCAUGUCCAGCGACGAAGCCAUCCAUGCUAAACGUGCACUUGGUUCCUCACACACAUGAUGAUGUGGGCUGGCUGAAGACUGUGGAUCAGUACUACUAUGGAGGCUGGAAUGAUAUCCAGCACGCAGGGGUUCAGUACAUCCUGGACUCGGUGGUGUCAGAGCUGCAGAAGGAUCCAGCACGCAGGUUCAUCUACGUGGAGACGGCGUUCUUCUACCGCUGGUGGAGACGACAGGACGAGAGGACCAGGAGCGUCGUCACACAGCUGGUGGAGCAGGGUCGGUUGGAGUUUGUGAAUGGCGGUUGGUGUAUGAGUGAUGAAGCCAGCACACACUACAGCGCGGUGAUCGAUCAGAUGACUCUCGGCCUGCGCUUUUUAAACCAGACGUUUGGAGAGUGUGGGCGCCCCCGUGUGGCCUGGCACAUCGACCCGUUCGGCCACGCCCGAGAACACGCCUCCAUGUUCGCCCAGAUGGGCUAUGAUGGUCUCUUCUUCGGCCGUCUGGAUUAUCAGGAUAAAACUCGCAGGAUGAAGAUGAAGGAGAUGGAGAUGGUGUGGAGAGCGAGUGAGAGCCUACAACCCCCAACAGCUGACCUUUUUACUGGUGUUCUCCCGAAUGGGUAUAACCCUCCUCAGGGCUUCUGUUGGGAUCAGUCUUGCUCUGAUGCACCAGUGCAGGACGACCCAGACCUGGAGGACUACAACGUGGAUGACCUGGUGGACACUUUCAUCAAAAUCUCAUACACACAGGCUGAGACAUACAAGACGAAUCACAUCAUCAUGACGAUGGGUUCUGAUUUCCAGUACGAGAACGCCGUCCCCUGGUACAAGAACAUGGACAAGCUGAUCCACCACGUGAACGCCAAGCAGGCGACGGGGAGCAAGGUCAACGUCCUCUACUCCACCCCGUCCUGUUACCUCCAGGAACUCAACCUCGCUAACGCCACCUGGCCAUUAAAGACGGACGAUUUUUUCCCAUACGCUGAUGACGCUCAUGAUUUCUGGACGGGAUACUUCACCAGCCGGCCGGCGCUCAAACGCUAUGAGAGACUCAGUAACAGCUUCCUGCAGACGUGUAAUCAGUUGGAGGUGCUCGGGGGUCCGAGGUCCACCCACGGCCCGUUUGGGGAGGGGAACAGCGACACGCUCAAGCGUGCGAUGGCUGUAGCGCAGCACCACGAUGCGGUCUCGGGCACUGAAAAGCAGCAUGUGGCUAAUGACUACGCCAAGCGGCUCGCCAUCGGCUCUGCACACUGCCAGGUGUUGGUCAGUAACUCUCUGGCGUUCCUCAGUGGCUCUGAAAGGCCACGGGUCUUCUGUGAGAACCUCAACAUCAGUGUGUGUCCUCUCACUGAAGGCAGCAGACAGUUCGUACUGAACGUGUAUAACCCCCUGGCUCGUCCCGUGAGCUGGUCGGUUCACCUGCCUGUUAAUGGAACGGUGUACAACGUCUCGGACUGGGACGGAACUCCUGUGGAUAAUCAGGUGAUACCCGUGUCCAAGGCGACUCGAGAUUUGAGGCGAGACCGAGGCUAUGCUCAGUUUGAGUUGGUCUUCAGAGUUCAGGCUCCUCCAGUGGGCUUCAACACCUACACCAUCACACGGGUGCAGGACAGCCCAGCCCCGGCCCCGCCCAAACCUGGAGCCCCGCCCUUCAUCCAGAAUAAGUACCUGAGGGUGACCUUUGACACGCAGACAGGCCUGCUGAGCGGACUGAGCAACCUGGAGACGAAGCAGAGCAUCAAACUCACACAGAACUUCUACUGGUACAAUGCAAGUGUUGGAAACUCUGAGAGCCUUCAGACAUCAGGAGCUUAUAUAUUCAGACCAAAUUCAUCCACACCUAAUACGAUCAGCAGCAAGCCUGAGGUCACCACACUGCAGAACUCUGUGGUACAGGAGGUGAGACAGCAGUUCAGUCCGUGGGUCUCUCAGGUUGUGCGUCUUUACACUGAGAGCAAACAUCUGGAGCUCGAGUGGACUGUAGGACCCGUACCGGUCGAUGAUGGUGUUGGGAAGGAGGUGAUCACUCGGCUGGACUCGAGCAUUGAGACAGACGGAUAUUUCUACACCGACUCUAACGGCAGAGAGAUCCUACAGAGACGGAAAGAUUAUCGACCCACGUGGAACCUGGACCAGACCGAGCCGAUUGCGGGGAAUUAUUACCCCCUCAACACCCGCGCGUUUAUAAAGGAUGAACAGAGCCAGCUGACGGUGGUGACCGAUCGCUCUCAGGGCGUCAGCAGCAUUUACAACGGCUCCCUGGAGAUCAUGGUGCACAGGCGGUUGCUGCGUGAUGAUUAUCGGGGCGUGGCCGAGCCGCUCUCCGAGCCGGGAGAUUACUACGACGGUCUGUGUGUGCGCGGACGCUUGCUCCUGGCUCUGACUCCGCCCAGCGCCGCAGCCGACGCCCACCGCCCCCUCGGCCAGGAGAUGGUGUUCCAGCCCACGCUGUCCUUCCAGCAGGGGGCGACAAACAGCACCACACAACAGUUCUCAGGGUUGAGCUCAGCACUGCCCCCUGCUGUCCAUGUGCUCACUCUGUCUCAGUGGGAUCAGGACUCUGUGCUGCUGAGGCUGGAGCAUCAGUUUGAGCGCUCAGAGAGCCACGCCCAGUCUCAGACGGUCACCGUCAGUCUGCAGAAAAUGUUUUCCACACUGGAGGUAGUGGGCGUGUCUGAGAUGAGUCUGGGAGCCAAUCAGUGGAAAGAAGACAUAAAGCGCAUGGAAUGGAAGUCCAACAGCAGUGAGACGCCGGCGCCCCUGCGUGAGCGUGAGGGAGACCCCGCCCCCUGGGAGGUCACACUCCACCCCAUGCAGAUCCGCACCUUCCUGCUGCGGGUACGACGCAAAUGAACGACCAAUCACAGCUCACAGUGCCACGGCAACCAGCCAAUCAGAGCUGAGAGUUACUGAGAGAACGUCACACACACACACACACACACACACACACAAUCGCACUGUUGUCGGUGUAAUCAGGGACUUUACAUCACUGUACUCUGGGAUUAUUUUCUACCAAAACUAAAAUUAAAUCCUCCAAUCCAACUGAUUGUAGGGGGGUGUGGCCUAGCUCUCACUAGCCCUGUGAGCCACGCCCACUCAACAUCUGGAUAUUUAUAACUUUUAGGGGAUUAUAAGAACAUUUUAUAUUUAGACUUUGUUCAGUUUGUGUGUCUGAUCAUGUCACACGUAAAGCUCGAAAUAAACACCUUACUCUGUGUGUGUGUGUGUGUGUGUGUGUGUGUGUGUGUGUAAGCCUGCACUUAUAACUUUCUUUUUUUUUUUUGCUGAUUGAUUUAAAUUUUCAGCUCUUCACUGUAGGGACCAGUUUAAUUCUAACACACCUGUGUGUGUGUGUGUGUAAAGCAUACAUUGUAAUACUAUGUUGCAGUCCUGUUUAAAAUGCUCUGUCUACAUUUAUCUCACACACACACACACACACACACGUGCUACCCACAAUGGACUGUUCCUUUUCACACUCAGACGUUUAACAGUAUAAGGAAACUCCACCCCGCCUACAGCAGUGCAUUGUGGGAGGGCAGGUGUCACCCCAGUGACGGUGCAAUGCUUUACAAAUUGUAUAUUUUUUUACUUUUUUGUGAAACUCUAUGAAUAAAUUCACGAUUUAAUGAAAAUGUCACAACUGAACA